AUGGUUGAUUAUGAUGAUAGUGAAAUUGACACAAUCCCAAGAAAAUUGUCCUUCAUUAGUUUCGCUGAUGAAGAACAAAUAGCACCAAGUGCUCAAAAUAUCCUAGAUUACCAUUCAUCUGCUCAGAUUACAGCUAUACAACUCAAUAAUGACGAUAACAAUCUACCUAUAUUUUCAAUUCGAAAGAUUUACAAAAAUUUAAUCGUUCUCUCAUUAGGUUUUGUAUUCAUGUUAACAGCUUAUACUAGCAUGUUAUCACUUCAAUCUAGUCUAAAUGCCAAACAGAAUGUUGGAGUCAAUUCUUUGAUUAUCAUUUAUGGUUGCACUAUUGUAAGUGCAAUCUUUCUUACUAGUACUUCUAUGGAUAUUUUUGGACUCAAAUGGGCUAUGAUAAUUGCAAUAUUGGCGUAUGCUUUAUAUAUGUUAGCUAACAUUUAUCCACUUCCUGAACUUAUGUAUAUUAGUGCAGCUUUAGUCGGACUUGGUGCUGCUCCUCUGUGGACAUCUGAAGCCUUGUAUCUCAAUCGAAUUGGUCGCUAUCAUGCACAACAUAAAUUUCAAACAGUUGAAAUGUCUGUUAGUCUAUUUUUUGGUAUUUUCUCUGCUAUUACUGGUACAAGUUUGAUUUGGGGUAAUUUAAUAUCAUAUUUUGUGUUACGUCAAUCAAAUACUCCACCAAAAGUAAAUUGUGGUAUCUAUUUUGAUCCAAAAGUAAGUAGACCUACAAAUGAAACUGAAGAUGUUAAUGAAACAACGCGUUAUGUCCUAUGUGGAGUAUUUGCUGGUAUAAGUAUUCUCUCGAUGGUAGUCGUAUACUUAGCAGUUGAUCAAAUUCGAUUAACCAAACGACAAACCAUUCGGCAAUCAAUGAAAAAGAGUAUCGAAGUGCUUGCAUCAUUAAUUCGAUGUAAAGAAAUCAGUCAAAUAUUUCUUAUUCCAUUAACAAUGUGGAGUCUUACUGAAAAUGCCUUUCUAAACGCUCAAUUCACGCGAGCAUUUAUUACUUGCGUUAUUGGUAUUCGUUAUAUUGGUUUGAUAAUGGCUGCACACGGAAUAUGUUAUGUAAUGAGCAGUUAUUUCUUUGGUUGGUUUGCUAGAUAUAUUAAACGAAUUGGAUGCUUUAUAUUUGCUGCUAUUCUUAACUAUGCAAUGAUUAUUUGGAUGUAUGUAUGGGAACCUAAUGAUAAACAAAUAGCUGUUUUGUUUAUCAUGGCUGGUGUUUGGGGUAUUGCAGACGCUAUAUGGCAAUCGCAAGUCAUUGCAGCUUAUACAGUUCUGUAUUCAGAUGGUGAUCCAACUGUUGUAGCGAAAUAUAGACUUUGGAAAUCAGUUGGUUCUUUAUUGACUUAUAGUUAUGCUAGUUAUAUAACUAUGCGAUCAACACUUUUAGUCCUUUUAAUCUUCUUAACAGCAAUCAUUAGUGUCAUCAUAUUCGUUAAAAAUAUCAUCACCAAUUAUUGUACUUGUCAACUAACGCAUCAUACUCCAUCAGUCGUCACUGUUGCGCUGGUGUAUCGUUAUUCGACCAACUUCGAACAUUUAUUCCAUUAUUUCUGA